AGUUUCGGCUGUUCAAGGAAAGUUCGAAUGAUGCGAUAAGAGCCCUGUUUGUCGGAAUAUCCCUAGUCUACAAUUACCUGCUGUCAUAUCUUAUCUCCAUUGAAUAACCUCAUAAUUAUUCGAAUUGGCCAUUCACAGUUGUUCAAUGGCCAUCCCCCACAGGAUGAAUAUGUAUAAAUUACAUCCGGAGGAUGGGGUAGGGCACAAUUAUGAUAGUUGGAUGAAGUAAAACCUCCAUAUUCGCCUCUCGUUCCCGCCGCCAAGUUUCAGGGUCCUAUUUGUACUUUCUUAGCUAUUGGAAAAGGCUUAUUGGAACUCGCCUUAUGCUCUUUGCUCUCGAACAAUAGGCAUAAUGAUCGUGUCUAAAUUGGCUCUCGUAGCCGGCACCUUGUCAACAGUCACUCUAGGCCGUUCAGUUCUUUAUGAUGAGACUCAGCAGAUCCUCGAAGGAGUUGCGCCGACGGAUUUUAAGUGCGAUUUACCAUCAGUGCUAGACCCUUCAAAAGAUGGCUUACCCGCUGCUCGGGAUAUCUUCUCCAGUGAUGAGGCUUUACAACUCCAAGUCAAAAGACAUGCUACCAUUGUAAAGAUACCUUCUAUUUCGUACGAUGAUAGUGGAGAACCUGGCGAGGACGACAGAUGGCAAGUGUUCUUCGAUCUACAUAGAGCCCUUGCUGCUUUAUACCCCAAUGUACAUCUUCGAAUGGACCGCGAGACCGUGAACACGUUUGGCCUAGUCUACACUAUCAAAGGAACAGAGCCUGCGCUCAACCCAAUUAUGUUAGCUGCUCAUCAAGAUGUAGUGCCUGUCAAUGCUGUUUUCACUUGGAAAUAUCCGCCAUUUUCGGCUCACUUUGAUGGACAAUGGUUAUGGGGGCGAGGCGCGUCGGAUGACAAGAACAGUCUAACUGGCCUCAUGUCCGCGUUGGAUACUUUACUGGCAAAUCCCCAAUGGGUACCAAGACGAACUAUAAUCGUCGCGCUUGGAUUUGACGAAGAGUGCUCAGGCCGUCGAGGUGCGGGCUAUAUCGGGAAAUUCCUAGAAGAGCGAUAUGGCCCUAAGUCAAUUGACAUGAUUCUCGAUGAAGGAGGAAUGGGGCUACAACUACUUGGCAAUGAUACACUAUAUGCGCUUCCUGCUGUGAUGGAGAAAGGCCAUGUCGACAUCUGGUUGGAACUUUAUGUCAACGGAGGCCACUCAUCGACGCCAUUCCCCCAUACGGGUAUUGGCAUAAUGUCCGAAUUUGUUAAUCAGCUAGAGUCCAACCCAUGGAAUCCUAAACUCAUCAAAGGCUCACCGAUAUAUAAUCACUUCGUCUGCCAAGCGAGAUACUCACCGGAUGCGGCACCCAAUAUCACCAGCCUUAUAAACAAGGGGGAUUUGAGCGCAUUGACGGAGGAGCUGGCAACGAUCGACCGGGCUACCCAAUACCGCAUACAAACAUCUCAAGCAGUUGAUUAUUUCUUUGGAGGAGUGAAAAUCAAUGCCAUGCCUGAGUAUAUUAAGAUCGGUGUCAACCACCGCAUUGCGCCUCAGGAUUCGAUCCCGGCAGUCAAGGCCAACAUCUUAAAGCAGCUUCAGCCUAUUGUGAAGAAGUUCGGGCUUUCGGUGACUGCAUUUAAGGGGGAAGAUAAUAACCCCGACUUCGAAUUGUAUGAAAAUAUCGAAGAUGGCGAUAUUGAUCCGAUGUACGAAGUAGAGUAUAACGGCUCGCUCAUACUCACUUCAUCUCAAGCUACUUUGGUCGCUCCAGUCUCCCCCACAUUCGGGCCGGUCUGGGAUACCUUUUCGGGGACAAUCCAACACAGCUUUGCUUUUGAAGAUGGCAAAGUUGUUCCAGUAGGAGAACUAAUGACUGGCAACACAGAUACCCGUCAUUACCAGAACUUGAGCCACAAUAUCUACCGCUGGACCCCUACCCGUCAGGGACACACCGCCAAUGCCCACACUGUUGAUGAGCGAAUGGAUAUGUUUUCACAUAUGGAAGCUGUGAGAUUCUAUUAUGACGUGAUCAGGAACUUCGAUGCUUCCCCGGUGGCGGCUUUUCAGGAUCAAUCGAAUAUAGGAGAGUUGUGAUUUCCAAUGGGUGAUAUCGAUUGAAUCAGUAUAUAUAAAUGACCUAUAUUGGAGGAUCGUCAUUCCUUGAACACGACAAAAUGGGAUUGAAGUGUUGAGAAGGGAGAAGACUGAAUCCAGAUUACAUACAAAAGAAUGCAUAUAGCAAUGGGAUCCACAAAUAUUGUACUAUGCGAGAAGUUAGUGUGCCGAUGCGGAGGAUUAGUCAUCUACCGAGUUUGCCGCUACUCGGAACUUACCAUGU